AGACGUGACACCUGCACUGAACAAGAACGUGUUUCUGAUUGAAAGCGCGUGCAAGAGCAAGCCCACCUAUCGUGCUUGGUGUGCCGUGGAAAGUUUCAGCCGCGAGAAUCCGGAGGCAGACGUGUGGUUCGUGAUGACGUCACCGACAGUAAACGACGACGAGGGUCUUCCUUCUCGUCUUCUCCAAAACUACACGAACCUACACGUUGUCACGACGGAUCUGGGGACGGUCUUCAAGGACACGUUGCUCGAAGAAUUCUUCAUGUCUGGGAGAUGGCACCGAGACACACCUUGGCCGAUGAUACAGCUGAGUGACAUCCUGAGAGUCGCUCUGCUGUGGCGAUUCGGAGGCUUCUACACGGACAUCGACACCGUCUGCCUCAAGAACAUCUCUCCGCUGCGGAACUUCGUCCUAGCCGGCCGGUCCGCGAGGAAUCAAAUCGCCAACGGAGCCUUUCAUUUCGAGCACCACCACGAAUUCUUGGCGUUCUUGAUGCCGCAGAUGAUCGCGGAAUAUAAGCCAAAACUGUGGGGAUCAAUGGGACCGAUCACGAUGACCAAAUGCAUCAAGAAUCUUUGCAAGAUACCAGACAUGCGGCAAAUAUUUCCUAGCAACAGUUCGGAACCCGUCAAGUGUGGUAACAUUACCAUUAUCCCCAAUGAAUACCUAUUACCAUAUCCAUGGUGGGAAUAUAAAAAGGUCUACGAACCUGGGAAAUGGCAGGAAUUUAUGGCUCAAUUUAAGAACAAAUCGUACUCGAUACACGCCUAUGAAAACAAAAGCAAGCGUUUGAAGAUUGUACAAGGAUCAGACAGCGUCUACGAAGGAGCAGCCAGGAACUUCUGCCCCUUCACGCACCCUCUCCUGGCUUGAGGCUCGCUACGCAGAUCCUGGUUUCCUUGUGUGGUGCACAGAUUUUCAUAAUAAUACUAAUUUAUGU